CUCGGCAGUCGCUGAUACAACUCGGAACUGUAGAUGACUCAACGAAAUUUUGUUUGCUAUAAUCCAAAAGAGAGAAAAGGGAAUAAUGAACAGAGACUGUUUAAUGAUACAAGGACGUCCUGAUCACGUAAAAGGAGGGGCUUGAAUCUGCACACAGUGUUUUCCACAAAACAAUGUAUCUGAACCACCAGACUACUUAUAUUGUGUCGGCUCUUCUGCUAAGUCUGUGAAAGUCCUAUCCAUUGUAACUUUUAUGAACUGUCGCUCUUUCGGAAGGCCAUUCAUUGACUUUUUUUUUACUAUUAUUUUCGCAGAUUUCGCCAAUAUCCAAUUCACAGAGCCAGAAGAUCGCGCUAUUAUUUUUAACUGCUGAAGUUCAAUGGGUGCAUGACUAUUUGCAGUUGUUUGUACGAUAUACUAUGGAUCUUGUACUUCUUGCGCCCGGCUUGGACUCUGUUACUGCAAAUGACUGACACGCUGGUUGGAGAAUACCAUGAGGUACAUUAUGUUGUAUGCAGGGGUUAUUGGAAUAUGCACUCAAUACAGUAUAUUUUUUUGCAGGUUGUCGCUAGUACGGUGUUUAGUCUUCUUUAUGUUGUCAGCUUCUUCGUUACCCAUUGUUGGCCGUUUGGGAGUUUCUACCGGUAUCAUGCAUCAUCCGAAUUCACGGUCGCCAGCGAAGCAAAUGAUCGUUAUCCAAGCCGUCUCGCGAAAGUGACGCUCUCGUCUACAGCGUCCAUCAUGCUUCUUUUACAUUUGGGAACAGUGGUUUUGGUGCCUAUUGUAAUCCCGUUGUACAAAUGGUCAUCCACAUACAUGUCGCUUGUGCUAUUACUGCUCGUGUACGUCAAUCCAUAUGAAAAAGAAUGAAGGGUUACUAAUCGCGAAAUUGCUAACUUGUUUCAGUGCCAUUAUC